AGACAAAAAAAACUUCAAUAAAUAGAAAUAAUUAAAACGUUGCUCCAGGGUCAAUACGGUUGUCGAACGUUUUCGCGCUUAACUCCUGUAACAUAAUAUAUUUUUGUUUGUUAAAACUAAAAUACACAUUAACUAUAGCAGCACAGAGAUCUACGAGUUGAAGGCGCGACAAAGUCCCGUUGUGGUGUUUGUGAUCAAGUCACAGAGAUGGCAGCCUCCAAAUACAAGGCUUCCCUCAAGAAAAAGCUCCUCUCAGAGCAUAAUAUGUUUGUCAGCUCUCUGAGGAAAGAGAAUGUCUAUCUGAAGAAGAGUCUGGCUGAGCUGUCGCGCCAACAUUCACAGCAUAAUAAGCUGGUAGAGAGAUUUCUCUCUCUUGAAAGCAAGAGGCUUCAGAGCUGUCAGCAUCUUACAGCUAAAGAUGAGAAAACUGCUUUGCUAUUAGAGCAGCUGUAUAUAAAAGAAGGGAACCCGACAGAGAAAUCCACUAGAUGGCAGCAGUUGUUUGACUUAACAUCAGAUGAACAGGCUUUCACCAACGAUGUAGAUGUGGCAGAGCUUCAAAACAACCUCAGAGAUGCCUUGGAAAAGAACAGACUGUGGCUGGAGUAUGACCAGGAGCGAGAGGCCUAUGUAAGGGCCAUUCUGGGCAGAAUGUUGUGGCUGGAGAACCAGCUGAACGAAGCCAAUCAGGCCCACUCACAGCAGCACAAUGAGGCCCAUUCAGAUGAGAAGGAGAAAAUAUUUCAGAUUCAAGAACACUAUGAACAACUUUUACAGAAAGCCAAAGAUGAGCUGGAGGUGCUGAGGGAGCAAACUAACAUUGCCCAACAAAACCUGAUAAUGACUGAAAACUGGUACAAGGAAAGGGAGAUGGAAGUGGAGGAGCUCAGGCAACAGCUGAGCACUGAAAGAAUGAGUAGAAAUAGUGCACGGGACGACCAGCAUUGCCCUGGGGUUCAAGAGCAACAGCAGAGUGACGAGGCCAAAGACCUCCAUGGCAUGCUGGUUGAGGAGAAGAGGAGAUCAGCUAACUUUGAGCUGCAGGCAAAUAUGUUUCAGAGGUUUAUGCUAAAUCGUCACCACACAGACCAGGAAGAGAUUGCAGAUCUGAAGCGACAGAUCAGGAUUUCUUCACAAGACCUUGAGGAUGAGAGGCACGAUUGCUCGUAUUUAAAGAAGCAAAUGAUCAGAGUCCUGAAGAAGCUGCAAAAAACAAAAGACCAUGUGAGAAAAGAGUCAAAGAGUGAGCAGCAGGACCCCAGCUCAUGCGAAGGGAUGCACCCUCCCUCCCAGUUCUCCAGAGAGAUUUCGACAUCCUCUCCUCGCAGCAGCGUGCUGAAUGAAAGCUUCCUGGAGUGCCCCAGCUGCCAGGCCAAGUAUCCAGCCAAUGACUACAGAAAAUUGAUCAACCACCUAGAAACUUGUCUUGACUGAGCCAAGAACCUGUUAUGUUAAAACCCUCUGUUUUUCUAUUCAUAAUGUGUGACUACACAUGCAAGUUCCCUGAAUAAACUACAGUGUUGGGUCGCCAAA